AUGGGCAAGCAAAGGGGGAGCUCUGAGAGCCACCGCAUCCCCCGGUGCAGGCCGGCUCUGUGCGGCCAUGCUGGUGGGCGCAAGUGGCGGCGGCGGCUGCAGCCAAAUGGAGGAAAGUUCAUGCCGGGGGGGCCAGGGAGGCCCCGGCCGGAGGCUCUGGAGGGCCAGGAGGGAAGAAGCGAGACUUGGGGCACUCAACUCACCUGCCUCCGCUUUCUUUCUGCAGAGCUUCCAGAAAACUGCCAGCAGCUCCUCCUGGAAGGGCAGCAAAGCAGCGGCAUCUUCCAGAUCCAGCCCACUGGGUCUCAGCCCUUCAAAGUCUACUGUGACAUGACAGCAGAAGGUGGCUGGACAGUGAUCCAGAGGCGUAAAGAUGGCUCUGUGGACUUUGACCAACUUUGGGAUGCCUAUAGGAAUGGCUUUGGAGACCUUCAUGGUGACUUCUGGCUGGGCCUGGAGAAGAUCCAUCACCUUGUCCAAGAGGGAAGAUACAAUCUGUUGAUCGAGCUGGAAGACUGGGAGGGGAAUUCCCAGGCGGUUCAGUUUGUUUUCAGCCUCGGUGGCGAGAGCACAGCCUAUACACUCAACCUGCUGGGACCUCUCUCUGGAGAACUGGAAAAUGCCAUUGGGGACUUCAGGCAGCUGCCCUUCUCCACUCGAGAUCGUGACCAUGAUCUCAAAGCUGACACAAACUGUGCCAAACACCUGUCAGGUGGCUGGUGGUUCAGCACUUGUGGCCAUGCCAACCUCAACGGGAAGUACUUCCGCUCCAUUCCCCGCCAGCGGCAUGAGCGCAAACAAGGCAUCUUCUGGAAGACAUGGAAAGGGAGGUACUACCCUCUGAAGUCGACCACCAUGAAAAUCCAACCCACAGAGCUGGAAGCAGAACCCUAAAGCUGCUGUUUCAGACUUGACCUUCUCUGUGGAGCGCAGAUAUGAGCUCCAUCACUUGGUGUUUACAGAAAACAACCCCACCCUUCCCGGGAAUCCACAGGGGACCGUUCCUCUUGCUCGUAGCCCUUUAGUGGGCAGUGACUGUGGCCAGGCACGAUGCAGUGAUCAGCUUCUCACUGUAAGUAG